AUGGUGUGGACUUUCGAAAUCCGUGAAGCCUUUAGAAUACUGGAUCGAGAUGGAAAUGGUUUUAUUUCAAAACAGGAGCUUGGCAUGGCAAUGCGAUCCUUGGGGUACAUGCCUAGUGAAGUGGAGUUGGCUAUCAUUAUGCAACGCCUGGAUAUGGAUGGGGAUGGUCAAGUGGAUUUUGAUGAAUUUAUGACAAUUCUUGGCCCCAAACUGGUGUCUACCGAGGGUCGGGAUGGAUUCCUGGGGAACACAAUAGAUAGUAUAUUCUGGCAGUUUGACAUGCAAAGGAUAACACUGGAGGAAUUAAAGCACAUUCUCUAUCAUGCAUUUCGGGAUCAUUUAACAAUGAAGGACAUUGAAAACAUAAUCAUAAAUGAAGAAGAAAGUUUAAAUGAAAAUUCUGGAAACUGUCAAACAGAGUUUGAAGGAGUACAUUCCCAGAAGCAGAACAGGCAAACCUGUGUACGGAAGAGCCUUAUAUGUGCAUUUGCCAUGGCCUUUAUUAUAAGUGUCAUGCUGAUUGCAGCAAACCAGAUUCUUCGGAGUGGCAUGGAGUAGGUCUUUCACCAUAGCACUGUGAACACAAAUAACCAUGCAUGCGCAUGCCUAGAUGAACAUUUUUCUUAAUGAAUAUUUCAUGAAAACUGCUGCGAGAAGAAAGCGUUCUGCAAACAAUACAAGGCCAGCAGUCAUGAAGAGAUGUGCAGAACAAUUGAACCUUCUCAGCAGGGACACAAAAGGGCUGUCUUAAUGCUUUAACGGUUUAGUUUCCUAAUGCAAUAAACCCGCAGGAGUUCUGAAUU